CUUGUAUUCUUGGUCUGUCAGUUCUUGACGGACUGUGGUGAAGUAACCGCUGUUUAAGAAACCGUACGACACACUAAAAACCCGCGAUGAUUCAAAAGUAAACGAGAGACGAUUUUCGAAAAUGAGACACAAAAAAUUCGUGGGAGGAUUGUGUGGUAUUUAGUUGUUUAUUAUUUUAAAUAGUGUAGUUGUUAUUGACGAAAUUGUUUAGAAUUAUUGCACUUUGGAGAAAGGAGGAUACUCUUUGCAUAAUAACACACAGGACAUCGGAUAUAAGCCUGCGUCACAAAAAUGACUUCAAAUGGAAUCCGAAACGACGCCUACAGUGACGACAAUCUCUCAGAUGACGAAAGCUCUCCAUUGACAGAAAAUAUUUACAGCGGAAGCACAAGAACAGUCCAAGAAACGAAAGGAUGGGACGUGUUCCGGGAUCCCCCGACCAAAGAGAUUUCGGGCUCUAUGGCCAACCAAAAAUGUCUAGAAAUAUCUGUGAAAAUACUGAAAGUCGUAGCAUAUUUAAUAACGUUCAUCAUAGUUUUAGGAUCAGGGGUGACAGCGAUAGGGACUCUUCUAUUUAUGACAUCACAACUUAGGGUAGAUAAAGUAGUUGAAUAUUGUAAUAAAGACUUAGGUAGGGAAAAACAAUUUGUAGUAAAAUUACCGACUCCCGAACGAGUGGUAUGGAUGUGGUGUCUUUUCUUUGCCUUCUGCAUCCCACAGCUCGGGACCCUGUUCCGAUCCACCAGAAUGUGUUUUUUUAAAUCAUCGAAGAAACCGCAUUUUGCGCAUUUCCUUAUUAUUUUCUUAAUGGAGACUGCUCAUACCAUAGGCAUAGCGAUAUUAGUUUUUCACAUACUGCCAGAGAUAGACGUAGUGAAAGGAGCCAUGCUGACAAACUGCCUUUGCUUUGUACCUGCUGUGUUAGGUUUACUUUCUAGAAAUAACAAAGAAUCUCAACGAUUCAUAAAAGUACUCAUAGAUCUCAUCGCGAUAGCUGCCCAAGUGACAGGUUUCAUCGUGUGGCCAAUCAUGGAAGGAAGACCGGAUUUAUGGAUUAUCCCAGUCACACUAUUUUUAAUUUCUCUUGGUUGGUGGGAAAACUAUAUAUCCAAAUAUACCCCAAUUCCUUUUAUCAAAAAAUUGGGUAGACUGAGAGAGCAAUUCGAUCAAACGAGAUACUUCAACUAUAUGUUUAUAUCCAUUUGGAAGAUCAUAUGUUUCUUGAUUACCAUUUUGUUCGUCAUCUUGGCGAGAGAAGGGGAAGUUGGAUUCUUCUUUACGGAAUUUUCGGAAGGAUGGGGAUCACAUCCAAUUACAAUUUUAGAGAUUAAACCAUUUUUGGGAGGCACAUCUCUUCCAGAUAUUUCGGAAAUCAUACCAACAGGAGACGAUGUCGUUAUUCAAUCCAGCGAUAAGACUCCUGUCUAUAUUCUCUUAAUGAACGUAUUUGCAGCAUACUUAGCUUAUAUUUUCGGUAAAUUUGCCUGCAAAAUUAUGAUCCAAGGAUUUUCCUAUGCUUUUCCUGUUAAUCUUACCAUUCCAGUCUCGAUUUCUCUAUUGAUAACAGCUUGUGGUUUGAGAAAUGGAGAUCCUUGCUUUUUCCAUGACACUAUUCCCGAUUAUUUGUUCUUUGAAUUACCACCACCUGCUUUUCUAAACGAUUUUAUUUCACAUCAACAUGCUUGGAUUUGGUUACUAUGGUUGUUGUCUCAGACAUGGAUUACUAUACAUAUAUGGACUCCAAAAUGCGAACGUUUGGCAAGAACUGAAAAGUUACAAGUUAUUCCAAUGUAUGACGCGUUCCUGAUUGAUAAGUGUUUGGGUUUAAACAGACGCAGAGAUGACGAAUCCGAUGUUAAGCCAGAAGAUCUUGACGAAAUUCAAAAAGAAAAAGCUGAUGAAUACUAUGAAACGAUUUCUAACCAUACUGACGGAUCCUCGCCGAAACAUAUUAAAAGUUCCGAUAAUAUCACCAGGAUUUACGCAUGUGCUACUAUGUGGCAUGAGACCAAAGACGAAAUGAUGGAGUUUUUAAAGUCGAUCUUGAGGCUUGACGAAGACCAAUCCGCCAGAAGAGUUGCUCAAAAGUAUCUGAGAGUUGUUGAUCCAGAUUAUUAUGAAUUUGAAACUCACAUUUUCUUCGACGACUCUUUCGAAAUCUCCGAUCACAACGAUGACGAUACGCAAGUGAACCGAUUCGUGAAGCUUUUGAUUAACACAAUAGAUGAAGCAGCUUCUGAUGUACAUCAAACUCAUAUUCGUAUCAGACCACCCAAGAAAAUUCCGACUCCUUACGGAGGUAGACUGGUUUGGUCCCUGCCAGGCAAAACCAAGAUGAUAGCACAUUUAAAGAAUAAUUUGAAGAUUAGACACAGGAAGAGAUGGUCACAGGUGAUGUACAUGUACUACCUCCUUGGGCACAGGCUUAUGGAAUUGCCAAUCUCCGUAGAUAGAAAAGCAACGAUAGCUGAAAAUACGUAUUUAUUGACUUUGGAUGGAGACAUUGACUUCCAACCUUCGGCUGUGUUACUUUUAAUCGAUUUAAUGAAGAAGAAUAGAAAUCUAGGUGCAGCAUGUGGUCGUAUUCAUCCAGUAGGAUCCGGUCCGAUGGUAUGGUACCAGCUCUUCGAAUAUGCCAUUGGUCAUUGGCUGCAAAAAGCCACUGAACACGUUAUCGGCUGUGUACUCUGUAGUCCCGGAUGUUUCUCCCUCUUCAGAGGAAAAGCUCUUAUGGAUGAUAAUGUUAUGAAGAAAUAUACCACCUGUUCUGCUGAAGCUAGGCACUACGUACAAUACGAUCAAGGAGAAGAUCGAUGGCUGUGUACUCUCCUCCUCCAAAGAGGCUACAGAGUAGAAUAUUCAGCUGCCUCUGACGCUUACACUCAUGCUCCUGAAGGUUUUAACGAAUUUUUCAAUCAACGACGUCGAUGGGUUCCCUCUACUAUCGCCAAUAUCAUGGAUUUACUUAUGGACUCGAAAAAGACUAUCGAAGUGAACGAUAACAUAUCUAUGCCUUAUAUUGGAUAUCAGAUUCUUCUUAUGGGUGGUACCAUCUUAGGUCCUGGUACUAUAUUUCUUAUGUUGGUGGGUGCCUUCGUGGCUGCUUUCCAGAUUGACAAUUGGACUAGCUUUUAUUACAAUAUUUGGCCCAUAUUAUUCUUCAUGUUUAUCUGUUUCACGUGCAAAUCUAAUAUACAGCUGAUAGUUGCCCAAAUACUCUCCACCGGAUACGCUUUGAUCAUGAUGGCUGUGAUAGUAGGUACUGCUCUGCAAUUAAGGGAGGACGGUAUAGGCUCCCCGUCGGCCAUUUUCUUGAUUGCGAUGACGGGAUCGUUCAUGAUAGCUGCGUUCCUUCAUCCUCAAGAAUUUUGGUGUAUAGUUCCGGGAAUAAUCUAUCUGUUGUCCAUUCCAUCUAUGUACUUGCUGCUUAUUCUUUAUUCUAUCAUAAAUCUGAACAAUGUUUCCUGGGGGACACGUGAAGUACCGGUGAAAAAGACAAAGAAGGAAUUGGAAGAAGAAAGAAAAGCUGCAGAAGAAGCUAAAAAGCACGCCAAGCAGAAGUCUUUAUUGGGAUUUUUACAAAACGGAGGUACCAACGAUGACGAUGAAGGCAGUAUCGAAAUAUCGUUUGCCGGACUUUUCAGGUGUCUUUUAUGUACACAUCAGAAAGCAGGAGAUGAAAAAGCUCAACUCAUACAUAUUGCCGACUCACUGGAUUCAUUAGGAAAAAGACUAGACCAUAUUGAAAGAGUUGUCGAUCCUUCGGGUCAUCACGCAAGACGAAGGAGUAUGUCAUCUUCAUCUCGUCAUGGAGACCACCUUAAACCAGUUAAUGAAGAGGAAGAAGAGUCCACGGACGAGUCAGACGAUGACACCGCAUCUCUUACGCCUAAAAAUAAAAGAGACGACUUACUGAACCCUUAUUGGAUAGAAGAUCCAGACGUGCUGAAAGGAGAAGUAGAAUAUUUGAGCAGUAAUGAGUUGCAGUUCUGGAAAGACUUGUUGGAGAAGUAUCUGUAUCCUCUUGACGAAAAUAAGGAGGAGAAGGCCCGUAUAGCAGCUGACCUGAAGGAAUUGAGAGACCAAUCAGUUUUUGCUUUCUUUAUGAUGAAUGCCCUCUUUGUGUUAAUAGUAUUUUUGCUGACUUUGAAAAAAGACUAUCUACACAUCAAAUGGCCCUUUGGAGUCCGCACUAACAUAACCUACGACGAAACAACACAAGAGGUACACAUCAGUAAAGAAUAUCUUCAACUGGAACCGAUUGGUUUGGUGUUCGUGUUCUUCUUCGCUUUGAUUUUGGUCAUCCAAUUCGUCGCUAUGUUGUUCCAUAGAUUCGGUACCCUAGCACACAUACUGGCUUCAACUGAACUCAACCUGUCUUGCACCAAAAAGAAAGAAGAGAUGUCUCCUAACGCUCUAUUGGAUAAACAAGCGGUAGAGAUUGUCAAACAACUACAACGACUUCAAGGUAUCGAUGGAGAUUACGACAACGACUCUGGCUCUGGUCCGGAUCGAAUAGGAAGAAGGAAGACCAUACAUAAUAUAGAAAAGGCUGCGCAGAAGAAGAGGCAAAUCGGAACGCUGGACGUUGCAUUUAAGAAGCGAUUUGCGAAACUCAACGCCAAUCCAGACGGAGGUACUCCUGUUCUCAGCCGUCGUAUGACCAUGCGCCGAGAAACGAUGAAAGCCUUAGAAGUCAGAAUCAAUUCCGUUAUGGCAGAACGCAGAAAAUCGCAUAUGCAAACGCUUGGCGCCAAGAACGAUUUUGGGACCAAUAACAACGUGCAAAGAACUCAAAGAAGUAGCGUGGCCAGCAGUAUACCUGCUAAGGAAGUUUUUGAAAACGGCCACGUAAAUCAAGCAUUUGAGGAAGAGAUAUAUGGUAGCAGAAAUUCUCUACCGAUGCACGCGAGAGGAAACAAUGUCAGUUGGAUGGGAAAUAAUAGUCGAAUGUGAAAAGGGGGCAAAAUUGACUGAGCUCUUUUAAUAUGUUCAUCAUAGCGAUCAUUUUAUUGAAAUGUAACGAAAAAAGAUGAUACUUAGAUAUAUUUUUCAUACUUAUAGGAUCUUUGUACUUUCAUCGAUAUGAACGCUCCUUAUCUCGAUAUUCUUUAUAAAUAUUAUUAUCUACAAGACUUAUUUUUCUUUAAGCAACUUCAUAUUUGCAUGUUUGUACUAUUCACCAUUCUCCAUAUACAAAGGCGGUCCAAUAGCUACUCAACCAAAGUGGCGAUUUAUUUCUCAACGUAGUCUCCUGUUAGUUCGAUGCACUUAACUUAUGCUCCAACUUCUUUAACUGGUCCAUAAAAUGCGUUUUCUCUAUGUCUGCAAAGACAUAGAGAGGCCCCCUCCAUGACGACGAUGACCUCCUCAUUCGAUUUAAAUUUCUGCCCGGUGAGUGACUUUUUUAAGUUUGACAACAAAACCAGUCGAACGAGGCCAAAUCGUUCACUGAUUUAAAUGUUCCUUGGUCUGUGGUGUGUUCCAGUAGAUACAUGUAUAGUCGAAACGACGCAAAAAUUCCUUCGGAUUGCUCUUAAACAGCUGAAACACGUCGCUUACUCUGGAAUAUCCUUACGGUUACCUUUGCGGAGUGAGCAAAUGUGACUCCCAUUACGCAGAGAGCUUUUCAUGUCCAAAAUAUUAUGUACGAUAUGACCCAUGCGAACUUAUGAGAUGCCUUUUGUCUAAGCCUAGCUUCAAUUCGCGGUCUGUCAAUACGCGAUCGUGAAUUUUUGUCACUCUAUCCUCUCUGGUAGCCGUAGCUAAUCAAAAACGGACGUGCCACCACAUUUGCACUCAUUAAACCAAUUUAUGAAGGUCGCUAUCGAAGGAGAAAUAUCACCAUACACAGCAUCUAAGCGCUCUUUACGCAUCGAUCGAUAUUGCUAUCUAUUUGAGUCUUAUUCGGCUGAAAUUUUGACAUUAGCCGUCUACGAGAAUGUACUACACAAUAGUAAAUUUCUCUUGCGAUAGUGGCGCCAUAAGGCAGUGAGGUUAAGUAAUUAUUGGACCGCCGUCGUAUAAAGCACCCACAAAACGAUAUUAGCUACUUCCUCCAGUUCUAUUUUUUUUUAAUACAGGAAUCACUACAGAAUAAUCUCAACAAUUAUCACACAUUAAGGGAGCUCAGUUAUUCAAAACCACUCAUUUACUGCUCUUACUGAAUAAACCUCGAAACACAUCGAAUAAUGAAGCGUUUACUAAAAGUGUUCAAUAUUCCUCCAGUGUGUUCGUAAUCAUAUAUUUGGAAUUAGUUUCUUAAAUAAGGCAACCAUAUUUCAUUUUUAACCUUUUUCUUAUCUAUUAUUAUUUUUUUUGCGUAUUCGUUCUUUUAUUUUUCUGAAUUGAAUGAAUUCUGAGAAUUGUUCUAUUUAUGUUCUCCUAUUUUUAAUUCCUUGCUUCCUUUUUAUAUUCAUUAAAAUCUGUCACUUAUAUUAAUAAAUUGUUUAUAAUGUUGCCUAUAUUUAUCGAAAUCAAGAACUAUUUUGUACAUAUUCUUAAAAAAAGUACUUAAACUCUUAUAUAUACUCAUAUUUCUAGUUUUCAGUAAAUAUCUAACAGUUCAUUUCAUUUUAACUAAAUCUUGUUACAUUAUUUAUUAUUUUUGAUUUACUGCCAACGAAUAAUACUCAAAAUCUUUUUUAUAUUAUUUUAUGUAAAUAUUUCCCUAAUUCUUAUGUACAUAUUGCCUUUUUGUGUAAUAUUUGUUUAAAAUAUUAUAUAUGAGUAUGUUUGUUUCCUUGGAAAGGAUCUAGCUAAAUCUGCUGUUAUGUUUCAUGCUAAUACCAUAUGACACGAGCAUAGGUUUGACAGAUAUUCUUAUUUACCAACCAUUGAGCAAAAAGACAAAAGAGGAAAUCUAAUCGUAUGAAAAGCAGACCAAAAUUCAGCAAAUGGAAAUGCGAAGGCGCCAAAUUUAAAUUUUCCGACACUUAUUAACAGUAGCUAAAAAAUAUUUUUCAGAAUGUGUCUUAGACGAGAAAGUUUUAAUUAAAUAUUAACGAUCAUAGUCUAAAUUGUGACACAAUUGUUAAAAAACUUCAAUAUAAAUAAGAUUUCAUGUUACAGUUGGGACAAACAAUAACAUAACCCAACUAAAUUUGAUUUAUUACUCAAGGAAAGAGACUCUCUUUCCUCGUUUAAUGUGGCCUCUCAAAAUGGGACUUUCCGUCUAACAAUAUUUUUGUUUUUUUACUCGAUGUUACCAACUGACAGAAAAAUGUUCUAGAUCAAUUAAAUACUAGGUACAACAUUUUCAAGAGUUUCAAUGAAGGGUGCUCUCAAAGUGUUAUAGCUACAGAAAUACAGCCUAGUACGUGGUAAAACUGAUAUCUAAAAAUCAAUCUCUACAUAUAUUUUUCAGCUAGUUUCUUCUCAAUACUUAUAUAUCUGUUUCCGACGAUAACGAUUCCUACCAACUGGGAUUACGCAGUUGAUAGCAAUAAUAGAUCUCGUGAAUCUCCUCUAUAUUUCCCUUCUCCAAAGGAGAUUUUUGCUUGAUGUUUUUCCUUUGAAUUAUAUACCUACAUUAUUUAGAUUAUAUGCCUUUAUAUAACCGUUUCUAUCGCUACUACCUUAAUUAUUGAUCCUUUGACUUUCUUUUCAAGUUUCUGACAUUAUUGGAAUAAACUCUCAGAAAUGUGUUGAGUCUUUUGUGUACAGUUUAGCUUGAAAUUAUGAUGUGUAAUUUUGUUCGCAAAUCAUAAAUAAAUUUAUUUAUUUUCUUCUUACUACCCUAUUCCUAUGGUCUUAGCGUCUUGUAUUUUACGAUACUUUGUAGAAUUUACAUCAACUGUAAUUAAUGAUAACUUCACUUCCAGAUAGGUAUAAAUAUAAUAAGUAUAGCAAGAUUGUAGUAUCCUGGAUCCUUUCCAUAAGAAGUUAUACAAAUAAGACUUAAUUUUGCUAGCUCAACUUCUUUUAGGCAUAAAAAUUAUACGAUUUUUAUUAUUUAAGUUAUAUUUAUAUAUUUUUAUAAUAAUGUGAUAUCAAUUAAAUAGGUUGAAUAAAU